CAGAGGAAGUUUUCCAAAGGGAUACAGUACAACAUGAAAGUUUUGAUCCGUGGUGAUCGUAAUACGGGGAAGUCUUGUCUAUUUAGACGGAUGCAGGGAAAGCCGUUUACCGAGUCGUACAUACCGACCAAUGAGAUUCAAGUUGGGCACAUACAGUGGACAUAUCCAUGUACAAACGACAUGGUAAAGGUUGAAAUAUGGGAUGUCGUUGAUCAAGGUCGAUCUACAAAAAAAGGAAAAGACGUUCCAUUAAAAUUAAGCAAUGAAGCUGAUGCAUCUCAGGACAUGGCACUUGAUGCUAGUUUUCUUGACGUCUAUAAAGGAGCUCACUGCGUUGUUUUAAUGUAUGACAUCACUAAACAAUGGACCUGGCAAUACAUUGAGAGAGAAUUACAACACAUUCCGCUACAUUUGCCGAUUGUCGUUAUCGGUAACUACUUAGAUAUGAGAGAGCAUCGAUCAGUUUCAAUGGAGGAUGCUGAAUUUUACGUUACUCAUUUGAACAGGCCGGAGGGAGCUGCUGAUAUAAGAUACGCUGAGAGUUGUAUGAAGAAUGGCUAUGGUCUUAGAUAUUUACACAAAUUUCUAAGCAUCCCUUUUCUUCAACUGCAACAAGAGACACUACUUCAUCAAUUAAAGACAAACCGAGAACAGAUAAUGCUUGUGAGUGAA